AUAAUUUUUCGAGAAACCACGUGGACGGUCAGAAGCAGCGAUGAGACAUCCAUUACCGAAGAUUAACGGUGGUGAUUCGGAGGGAACCCUUUCCUUCACAGAGGCGACCGCCGUACCUCGCGAGCAGCAACAGUGUUAUAAAACAGGCAGAUCUCGCCGACCAUUUCCGAAGGUUUAAACCUUAAAGGCGCCGUCUCCGUCUCCGUCUCCGAUCCUCGUCUGAGAUCUGUUCAAAUGGCUGAAUCAAAACCAGCAAUGAGGAAACCAGUUUUCGUAAAGGUUGACCAGCUUCGCCCGGGCACUGGUGGGCACACGCUCACAGUUAAAGUCGUUAGUUCUAAGAUGGUAUUGCAAAAAGGUCGUGCUGAUGGACCACAACUACGCCAAAUGCGGCUUGCUGAGUGUAUGGUUGGAGAUGAGACAGGAAUGAUUAUCUUUACGGCCAGAAAUGAUCAAGUUGACUUGAUGAAAGAGGAUUCUACUGUAAUACUGCGGAAUGCAAAAAUUGACAUGUUCAAGGGAUCAAUGAGACUUGCUGUGGACAAGUGGGGCCGCAUUGAAGUCACCGAGCCUGCCACAUUCACUGUGAAGGAAGAUAACAACUUGUCAUUGGUUGAAUAUGAACUUGUUAAUGUUGUUGAAGAAUGACCUUGUGUUGACACUGGUCACUUUCCUAAUACCUCUGGACCCAAAAGACAAAGGAAUUACUCGAAAAGGCAAACUACUUUUACCAUCGGGGCACCGUUUGUGGAAAAAUGCACUUGCCUUUUUGCAGGAAGAUAUCUGAAGCCACUAGUAGAAAGGUUUGUUCUUAGUUUUGCAGCAGAAGAGCAUGACUUGAACCUUAACAUUUGACCUCAAUGCAGAUGGUGAAUGCAGUAUGCCCAUUAAAUAAAAGAAUCUGGCUGUUAAAACUUUAUUAUUUUUACCAUUUCUGGCUAGUGACUGUUUCAUUAUUGUUGUUCCUGGAUAAUACUUCUAACAUUAGUACUAUGAAAUGUAUUUGUUUUUAAAAUACAUAUUUAGUAUUCACAUUCAAUAUAGUCCAUCAAUAAUUUUUUU